AUGAACAGCCAGUACAGCCGCCCCGAGGUGUUCAGCCUCCACACCUGCCUCGAACUCAAGACCUUCUGGGAGCAGGAGAUCGGGAAGCAGAGCCGCUGCCGGGAGCGCGAGGAGGCCCGCAGGGGCAGGAGCGCCCUCCGCAGGCUCCGAGCCGAGUGGAAGAGUCGCCUGGAGAAGCGGACGCAGAUGAUGGACGCCGCCGGUGACCCCGGGAAGCCGGCGGACGCCUCCGCCUGA